GGGACAGAGAGAGUAUAACGAUAAAUGAUGAUUUGAAAGGCUAGGAUUGAGAGUGGUCAUACAAAAAUUGAUGCUUAUCACAACAAGGGUUUUCAUGUGUACAAUAUUCAAAAAUAUUCUUGUAGUUUUAGGUAUUUAUAAAUCCACCCUCAAAUGGAAAACAAAGAAUUUUUUUACUUCAUUGAAUAAAUACUAAAAGUACAUUUUUCUCUCCGGCCGGCGGCUCUCUUGCCGUUCUGUUGCUCGGUAAUUUCUCUCCGGCCGGCGGCUCUCUUGCCGUUCUGUUGCUCGGUAGUUUCUCUCCGGCCGGCGGCUCUCUUGCCGUUCUGUUGCUCGGUAGUUUCUUUCCGGCCGGCGGCUCUCUUUCCGUUUUGUUGCUCGGUAGUUCUGGCCAGUAUUUCUGGGAGGUGACUUUCUUCUUUCUAUGAGAUGCGUUAGCUGGAAUUGCAGAGGGCUGGGAAACCUUGCCACAGUCCAAGUGCUGGUGGAUCUUGUUCGGGACAGACGCCCAUUGGUCGUAUUCCUGAUUGAAACUAAGGCAGGGAGGCAGCGAUUGGAAGAGGUAAGGAGUAUUUUAGGCUUCCGUAAUGUGUAUACUGUUGAAAAUAUGGGAUUGAGUGGUGGGUUAGCCGUAUUGUGGGCAGAGGAGGUAAAUUUGAGAGUGGAUGCUUCGAGUCCACACUUUAUCGAUUGUUAUGUGUGUAUCGAAUCAGGAGCUCCUGAGUGGAGGUUUACAGGAUUUUAUGGUAUUCCGGAUAGACGGAGGCGCAGGGAAUCAUGGGAUAUACUCAGGUCUUUGGGUGAUAGAGGGGAUCAGCCUUGGAUGUUAAUGGGAGAUUUCAAUGAUAUAAUGUUCCAAAGUGAGAAAAAGGGAAGAGUUCCCCAACCUCCAUGGCUACUCCGGGGAUUCCGUGAAACAGUUUGGGCCACCGGGUUGCAGAAUUUCCAGUUCGAUGGAUACCAAUGGACCUGGGAGCGUGGUCGGGGGACGGAAGGGUGGGUUGAAGAGAAAUUAGACAUAAUUCUUGUCAAUGAAGGCUGGUUAGAUUUGUUCGGGGCAGCAAAAGCUUGUACCUUGAAAGGGGGAGCUAGUGAUCAUCUCAUUUUGUUCAUCAAAUUGCAUAAGGAGGUGAGAGUGAGAAGUACUCGUCCCUUUAAAUUUGAAAGUGUAUGGCUUCGUGAAGAUGAAUGUAAAGAGGUUGUGGUUCAUAGUUGGAGUGCAGCGGGGAACUGUUCUAUUUUGAGAAAGCUGAGUAUUUGUGGACAGGCUCUACAACAAUGGGGAAGAGGAUUAAGAAGAGGUUACCGAGCUCGCAUUGAUGAGUGUAGGAAGCGGAUGAACUGGUUACGAGGACAGGUUGAUAACAGAAGUUGCUGGGAAUUUCAAAGGGUCAAGGCAAAUUACUUGUCACUGUUGGAGCAGCAAAAUAUAUUUUGGAGACAGCGUGCCAAAGAAUUUUGGCUAAGAGAGGGCGAUAUUAAUUCAAAAUUCUUUCAUAACGCAGUCAAACAGCGGAGAAGACGUAACAGAAUGUUAGGAUUGACAGAUCCAGACGGGGAGUGGGUAGAUGAGAGAAAGGGUAUGAGAAGAUUAUUCUCGAUUACUUUGACAAUAUUUUUUCCUCUUCUCCUCUUAAUGGAAGGAAUUUCCGGACUGGUAUUACUAGGAAGGUGACUGUUCAGCAGAAUGGACAUUUAUUGAGUCCUUUACGAACAGAAGAGAUUAGGAAAGCGACUUUUGAUAUGUUUCCUGAUAAGUCUCCGGGACCGGAUGGGAUGAGUCCGGGGUUUUUUCAACACUUUUGGAAUACUGUAGGGCCUGAAGUGGUUCGUUUUUGUUCUGAACUCUUUAUAAAAGGAAGAGUACCGAAGGAGGUAAAUAUUACGAAUUUGGUUUUAAUCCCGAAAAAAGAGAACCCCCGGGGGAUGGGGGACUGGAGACCCAUUGCUCUUUGCAACUUUAUUUAUAAAAAAAUUUCAAAGGUACUGGCUAACCGGAUGAAAGGCAUUCUUUGUAGCCUUAUUUCGGAAAACCAAAGUGCAUUUAUCCCGGGGCGUAGUAUAGUAGAUAAUGUUUUAAUAGCCUUUGAAACACAACACUACCUCAAAAGGAAGAAUCAAGGUAAGGAAGGCUUUGUUGCUCUAAAACUUGAUAUGAGCAAAGCUUACGAUCGAGUGGACUGGGGCUACCUUCAGGCCAUUAUGCUUGAGAUGGGUUUCACAGAAAGGUGGGUAAACUUGAUUUUGCAGUGUGUUUCAACAGUUGAGUACUUUAUCCCGUUUGAUGAAAAAGUGAUAGGACCUAUUCGACCGAAGCGUGGGAUUAGACAGGGAGACCCUUUGUCACCGUAUUUGUUUAUACUGGUUGCUGAAGGUUUAAGUGCAUUGCUUAGACAGGAAGAAAGUAGGGGGGAUAUUACUGGAGUGGCAGUAGCUAGAGGUGCCCCAAAGGUAACUCAUCUUUUUUUCGCCGACGACAGUUAUCUUUUUUUCAAAGCUAAAGAAUCUGAAUGUAAUGCUAUUAAGCGGGUGCUUAAAACCUAUGAGGACCUCUCUAAACAAACUAUUAAUUUUAACAAAUCAUCAGUGAGGUUUAGUGCAAAUGUGAAGGAGGAGCUUCGAGUGCAACUAGGAGGCGGGCUGGGAAUUCGCUUAGAAUUUGAAAUGGAUAGCUAUCUGGGUCCGCCAGCUCUAGUAGGGAGGCGCAAAAAAGAGAUCCUUUGUUAUCUUAAAGAACGGAUAAUAAAAAGGCUUCAAAGUUGGAAUCAUCGUUUUUUGUCUCGAGCAGGGAGAGAGGUUUUACUCAAAUCUGUCAUUCAAUCUAUGCCUACAUAUGCUAUGAACGUUUUUCUUCUCCCCCUAGAGAUGUGUAAUGAUAUUGAGAAGCUUAUGAAUGGAUAUUGGUGGAAAGGGGCAGAUUUGACAAAGAGGGGCAUUCGAUGGAGGAAGUGGCAGGGGUUGUGUGUGCCAAAGAGGCAAGGUGGGUUGGGUUUUCGAAGGUUGCGGGAGUUUAAUGUGGCAAUGCUUGCGAAGCUGAUCAAGGAGCCUAAUUCCUUGGUGGGCAGAAUUUUGAAAUCUCGUUACUAUCCUAACACGGAUUUUUUUGGCGCUAAAGUUGGGGCGAACCCAUCUUUUACAUGGCGGAGCAUCAUGGAGGCAAAAGAGGUGGUUGCCUCGGGCAUUAGACAGAGAGUAGGUGAUGGUAAAGAAACAAUGGUGUGGGGUCAUGCAUGGCUUCCAGGUAAGGGGGAUGGAAAAGUUAAGUCACCGCGUCCCCCAGGAGUGCAAGAUAUGAACGUGACAGCUCUUGUCACGGAAGAUGGGAAUGCUUGGAAUGUUGCUAGAGUUAAGGAGCUCUUUAAUGAGGAGGAGGCUAAAGUUAUAUUAAGUAUUCCCCGUAGCAACAGGAGGGUGCGAGAUGGAAUAAGCUGGGUUGGUGAACCAAGAGGGGAGUUUUCUGUACGAAGCUGUUACCGUUUUCUUGUAGGGGAGACUAGCUCGCAAGAGUGGGUUGGGUGGACAAAAAUGUGGAAUUUUCAUUUACCACCUAAAAUAAAAAUAUUUUUCUGGCAAUUCAUGAAUGGUUUUCUACCCACUAAUGAUAAGCUGAGGAAGCGGGGAGUCGAGGUUGAUCCCGUAUGCAAGGUUUGCGAGCAGGAGGAAGAGCCAAGGAUACACUUUUUCAGAUAUUGUACAGUAGCUCAACUUGUGUGGCAGCAUAUGGGACUACUGUUUGCAGGUCAACAAAUCCCAGAUUCUCAAUGGGUGCAAAAUAUCUUUGAUACGCAGUCCGAAGACCGGUGCAAUCACUUUAUUGUCAUGCUAUGGAGUUUAUGGAAAGCUAGAAAUGAAGUGGUGUGGCGUCACAAUAAAAUGGAUCACCGGGCUGUUAUGAACUGUGGGGCUGCUACGUUGAAAGGUUGGCAGGAUGCCCAGCUUCCAGGAGGUAAAAAAGGAGGCUGCAAAAGACUGAAUUCAAGAGAAAAAUGGCAGCAACCGCCAGUGGGAUGUGUAAAGAUCAAUGUCGAUGCUGCUAUAGAUUUAAAGAGGGGCUGUUGCGGGCUGGCUAUGGUUGGCAGAGAGACUAACGGCAACUUCUUAGCAGCAAGAAGGAAUGCAUAUGCAGUAACUUGGGAACCAAAAGUGGCUGAGGCGAUGGCUGUCCGGGAGGCAAUCAUUUGGGCACAAAAACAGGGUUGGAGACGGGUGGAAAUUGAAACAGAUGCACAGUUGGUUAGUACAGGAGUUAUUGCAGAACCGGGUGCCUCUUACUUUGAUCUUCUGGUUGAUGAUAUUAGACAAAUGUUAGCUUUAGAAGCAAAUUUUUCUGUCAAACAUGUUUCACGAUCUGCGAAUCGUGUGGCUCAUGCAUUAGCAGGGGUUGCCGUUUCUUUGUCAGAUUGUCGGGAAUUUUUUAAUUCUCCUCCGGAGUGUAUUGUAAGCCAUUUGGCUAAUGACUUGGUUUGAGUAAUAAGAUAGUUUUGUUUUAUUCAAAAAAAAAAUCCAC